AUGAGGAUACCAACCUCAAGCACAUUCCAUCGCACCGUGCCACAAUCCUCCCUCCUGCUCAGACGUCCUCGUUCAACCGUUGUGGCACCUCCUCCGUCAACGCAACCCACGACUCAAUCUCAAAAUGAAACCGAGCCUGAACCUCAAUCCCAAUCCCAACAAGAUAUCCAAUCCAAACGCAACGCCCAACAAACCCGUACGACGAUUGACCGUCAGUCCUACGAAUAUACAAACUCGGGCACCGACGACGCCGUUGCCGCUCAAGCAACGUCCUACACCCCGAAUACAGGCUCCACCAGCAACCCAGGCGAAGCAAUCGCCCAAGCGGCAGAAGAAUUACAAGAAGUAUCACAGCCGCACAUCUCCACCACCUCCACGGCUACGCACGCACAAGCACGAUCACAAGCAGGCGUGAAGUUCAAUCCCCUGGAAGUUUCGCCUGCCAACACGGAAAUCUCGGGCACGACAUCGGAUUACGAGGGAGGGGGUUCCACCGUUGUCACCCACGACGGAGAGCACAUUCAAGGGGCCCCCCCAAAGACAUACAUGGGUUCAACUACGCGCAAGAGCAAGAGUAAAAGUGCGAGCGUGGUAUCCAAGACGAGCGAGAAGAAAGUCUUCGCCGGAAAAGAUACGAGGAAAGAUGUCCGGCCCGGGGCUGAGCAGCGCGAAGUUGAGGAGGCAAAGGGCAGAGGGCCUAUCAUACGUCCGGGGCCAAGGUGA